GUUGCGGGAGUGGAGCGGCGCUCGCUCUCCGAUCGCUCCGCAGCAGCGCGGGGCUGGCUCGGCGGCUGCAGCCCGGCACCUUCCCCUGCCAUCGCUCCCGGCGCCCUGGGAGGCGAGCAGCAAACCUGCCUCCCGCCGCCUCCUGCCUCCCAUGAGCCCCGCAGCCGGCCGCCCCUGCAGCCAGCCAGCCCCGGCGGGUAUAUGGAUAGGAGCUCCUUGCUGCAGCUCAUCCAGGAGCAGCUUGAUCCAGACAACACCGGUUUCAUUGGUGUAGAGACCUUCGCCAGCCUGGUGCACAGCCAUGAACUGCCCCUGGAUCCUGCCAAGCUGGAGAUGUUGGUGGCUCUGGCCCAGAGCAACGAUGAAGGGCAGAUCUGCUAUCAGGAGCUGGUAGACCUGGUCAGUAACAUUAGCAGUAAACGUUCCAGUAGCUUCAAACGAGCCAUUGCCAAUGGGCAGAGGGCACUGCCCCGGGACGUGCUGCUGGACGAGACUGGCCUGGGCUUCUACAAGCGCUUUGUCCGCUAUGUGGCCUAUGAGAUCCUGCCUUGCGAGAUGGACCGGCGCUGGUACUUCUAUCAGCACCGCACCUGCCCUCCGCCCAUCUUCAUGGCAGCCGUCACGCUGACCCAGAUCAUCGUGUUCCUCUGCUACGGGGCCCGGCUGAACCGGUGGGUCCUGCAGACCUACCACCCAGAGUACAUGAAGAGCCCACUGGUAUACCACCCGGGGCACCGAGCCCGGGCCUGGAGAUUCUUCACCUAUAUGUUCAUGCACGUUGGGCUGGAACAGCUGGGAUUCAACGCCCUCCUUCAGCUCAUGAUUGGGGUCCCCCUGGAGAUGGUCCAUGGCAUCUUACGCAUCAGCUUUCUCUACCUGGCAGGAGUGCUGGCAGGCUCCCUGACUGUCUCCAUCACAGACAUGAGGGCCCCUCUGGUCGGAGGCUCGGGAGGUGUCUAUGCCCUCUGCUCCGCUCACCUGGCCAACGUUGUCAUGAACUGGGCGGGGAUGCGUUGCCCAUACAAGCUGCUCCGGAUGGUCCUGGCUCUGGUGUGCAUGAGCUCUGAGGUGGGCCGUGCUGUUUGGCUCCGUUUCUCUCCACCUCUGGCAGCCUCUGGCCCCCAGCCCAGCUUCAUGGCCCAUCUGGCAGGCGCCAUCGUGGGCAUCAGCAUGGGGCUGACGAUCCUGCGCAGCUAUGAGGAGAAACUGCAGGACCAGUGUGUCUGGUGGGUGGUGCUGCUCUCCUACGCCACCUUCCUUGUCUUUGCUGUCUUCUGGAACAUAUUUGCCUAUGACCUGCUGGGGACACAGAUCCCUCCUCCGCCGUAGCGUGUUCCCCCCCGGACCCUCAACACCCACCCUGAAAGUGCCAAAACCCAGACGAUGCGGGUGCCAACCUUCCCAGUUGGAGCCCUGCCUGGUACCAGCCACACACUUUUUCUAUUGGUGUGUUAUUUCACCUGGGUGCCGGACUGGAUCUUCCUCGGCCCCUGCCUGAGGCUGGGAGGCAACAGACGCGUGACACAGAAACAAGGAAAACUGUCCGCUGCAAAUCCCGAUACAGCCCCCCUUCUGAGCUCGGCCGGAAAGCAGUUCCACUCUGGCGCUUUGGAGCGAAUGAGUGUGCUCCCGGGUGAAGGUGGGCGGGAGUGAACCAGCAGACCUUCCCCCUGUGCCAGGCUGGGUAUGCCAAUGCUCCCUCAUAAAUGUACAGUUUUCCUGCUCCUACCUCUCCCUCGCUCUCGUGGGGGCGGGGCAGCCCAGCUACCCUGCUGUGGGCAGCACCAGAACAGCAGGGACCCCAGUAAAAUACUGCUCCCAUGUAAAGAUGAUUCUCUCCCUCGCUCUAGUGCCCUUUGAUCCCCCUUUCCUGCUUCUCCCCAUUCCUGCACCCCAUUCUCCAUGCAGUCCCUUAUGGCAGAGCCCUGAGGGGGCAGCACGGUAAGAGGGAAAAGCUCCCUGCAUGAAGUCUUUGCUCCUUGCUUCCAGGCCCAGGAGAGAGUAGCAAGGGGACUCCAUUUGCCCAUGGCCUGCAGAGAAAGGGCAGACAGCAGCAGCCACGGAUGCCCCCUGACUCUGCAGAGGACAGGGCCAAUACAGCUUGGUUCAGGGACUGAUGGCAGCUAAGUGUAGCCACAGGUCAGGAGGGAGCCCAUCUUUCCUUUAUCCCUAGGAAACAGCCAUGUCAAGCUCUGGUCUCUGUACCUAUUGGGAGAUCCCCCCCACCCCAGCCUAAGGGGAGGAUCUACAGGACCUCAGAACUCCACUGAUUUCGGGGGACAACUAAUAAAAGAACAGGGACAGGAGUGCGGUCAGAGGGUCAUAAGAAGGGAGCCUGACGGGGACACCGAGCAGAGAACCCCAGACUGCGCCCACUGCUCCUCGAAGGCGUCAAGGUAGCCAGUGGACGCCGCCCAGAGAAACUCCGCCUGGAUAUGUGAACGGACUAAGGACCGGAAACAAGCCCCACAGUCACAGGAGUCUCCAUUGGCCAACCUCCUCUCCCUGGUUGCGUAGAUGGCCAUUUUAGCCAGGGUGAGGAGGAGGUUGACCAGGAGGUCCCGCGACUUUGUGGGGCCACGGAUAGGGAGUGCAUAGAGAAGGAGGUGAGGGGAAAAGUGCAGCCAGAAACGUAACAGGAUAUUGGUGAGGAGCUGGUAUAGGGGCUGCAACCUGGCGCACUCUAAGUAAAUGUGCGCCAGGGUCUCCCUCAUGCCGCAGAAGGGGCAGGUGUCUGGGACGGGUAAACCGCGCCAAAUACACGCCUGUGCUCACGGCCCCAUGGAGGAACUGCCAACUGAUAUCCCCGGCGGGCCUCGGGACCAGGGUAGAAUAGAGGCUGGCUCACCGGGGCUCCUCACCCUCUAGGGGUGGCAGGAGGUCCUGCCAUUUUGUAUCGGGAUGGGACACAAGGGUGAGGAAGUGAAGGGUGUGGAGCACGAGAGUGUAGAGAUGCUUCCUUGGUGCGGUUUGGAAGCAGACCGGCUGCACCAAGGCAGUUACAAUGCUCCCUGGCUUAUUUAACCCUUUAAGAGCUCACUUGGCACACAGUUCAGGGUUAGUCUGAGCACCCACCCACUGUGCAGGGGCCAGGGCCUCUCAGCCCCCACUCCCAACACAAAUUGCUCUUUUACAUGACGGACUCUUGUGCCAACAAGAUUUUUUCUGCACCAAAUCAGAGCUGAGACUAGCCAGACUCAUUUCAGCCGUGACCCCGAGUUUGGCUUUCCAGGUCCCCAAGCCCUUCGAUAGCUGGUGUGAAACACUUCCCAGAGUCGCUCCACGGCAGCUGGCAUUGCUGGGGGCUUUCCUGAGCAAUGGGUUGGUGCCUUGUGCUGAGAGGGGCAGGGAUGGCUGAGGGAAAGAGGCAGGACCCGCAUUUGAAGUCUGACCCUUUUUGGAGUAUAAAUAAAU